CAGCACCCACAGGGGUUAUCUCGAAGAGGUAAAAAGCAUACACUCAAGGUCACUAGAAUCAGUAAGGAGUCUUAUCACUCCUUAUCUGAGUAUCUAUACCAAAAUCAUGGUAAUAAGAAGUGUUAGGACACCAUCAUCACUUACCUAGAUACCUGAAGAUGAGGCGGUCCAUGCUGUGGGUUAGGCCCCCACCACCACUUACCUCAGUACCCGCUAUGUGCCUCAUUAACUCUGAUGGAUGGGCUCCACAAGAUGUCUUCACAUGAACCUGAAAACACACCAGAGAUAAUGUGCUCUCACACGUUUCAGUCCACCUGGACAAUAGCAAAUUCCCUUGGUCAAGUGCAUUAUUUGGGGACCCAUCCGUAUUACUGGGUAAUUGCACAACUCAAGGGUUAGAUUCUACUUAGACAUAACUCACUCUUCUGAGUGGAUACUUACAAAAAUCCCAUGGUCAAUAUCAUGGGCAUGGACUAUCUGAUAAAUUACCUGGGUAAGUGACUGUAAAUCUAUUGGUGUGGGUGUAAAAAAACAUGUUAUUUAUGAAAAGGGGACAGUAAAAUCGCAGGCUUACCAGCAUUUUUACAAAUUAAUCUCUGAACUGUACAUAUGCCAGAAACAAGAUCAAUAUAAAGGUCUAGGAAACAUGAAAUACCUAUCUGAAGAUAAGAAGGUCUCUAAUGAGUUAUUAGCACAUCACUUCAUAUUUAUAUACCAGCUCAGAAAGUAAUGGGAUACCUGUAAAAAUGACAACAGCACUGUGUUAGGGAUACCAUCCUUACUCACCUAGAGACUGAAGAAGAGCCCGUCUGUACUGUGGUAAGACCCACUUUAUCACUUACCUGGUCACUAGCAAGGCCCUGUCAGUGACCACUGUUAGCCUCAUUAUGAUGUCAUGAUGGCUGGAACCUUAAAAACAUACCAGCAAGCUUCCAGGAAAUUGGCGGCUCCCGCCCGUGCCCCGGAGUCCCCGCCGGCCGCGAAUCCCUCGCUAGCGGCUGGGGCUGCUGGGGCUGCCGAGGAAGCCGAGUGCCCACCGCCUCGCCAGCCGCAGCCCCAGCGCAAUGUCCUCACUGCCCCGCGGCUUCGAGCCCCAAACUCCCGAGGACUUGGGGUCGCAGAGUUUGGCGGAGCUGCAGGAGAUGUUGAAGCGCCAGGAGAGACUUUUGGGCGAUGAAAAAUUCAUUUGCAAAUUGCCCGACAAAGGUAAAAAGGUCUUAGGCUCUGUUGUCAAACUGAAAGCUGCCAUCGCAGAACGUGAAGAAGCUAGAGUAAAAAGUGAACUGUUUCAUCCUGUUAGUGUAGACUGUAAGCUAAGGCAAAAAGCAAUUGCAGUUAUUGAUGUGGACACGGAUAAGGCCCAGAAUUCUGCCCAGAUACUUGGUACUUCAUCACUAGUUCCCAGCUCUUCCUCCAUAGAUACCAUCAAGUUAUGUAAAGCAACCUCAGAACAACAGGGACUUGCACAUCCUACUCACAAAGGCGAUGAAGAGGCUCCAGAAGUUGAGUACACAGUGAACAAGUGUCCAGCUUCCAGCAGCAGAACCAGCGCGCCUUCCUCAUCUGAAGCCAGUGAGCGUCUCCCUCAGCAUCGUGUUUCAAGUCAAGCAGAAGACAACUCUAGCAGCUCUGACCACUUGUUUAUUGAGAGGUCACAAAGGAUCACAGUUGUGGACCCAGAUGAGCACCACUCACAAGAAAAUACUGGUACUGAGAAUGAGACAGGCUUUGGUAGUGGGACACAGAAGAAACCUCCUAACAUGGAAGUGCUAGAAAUUCGAGCCCCAAACCCUAUGCUCCCACCAUAUAAAUUUAAAACCAACGUAUUACCUUCACAACGAAAGGAUUCAUUCGGUCAUUGGCAGAGAGGAGGGCCCCCCAUUUCCUCAGCAGAAAGACGCAACAGGGAUAAGAAGCGUCUUGAUGAUAUCACAGCAGCUCGGCUUCUGCCGCUUCACCAUCUGCCUGCACAGCUGCUCUCCAUAGAAGACUCUUUGGCACUUCAGAAACAGCAGGAACAGAAUUAUGAGGAGAUGCAAGCCAAGCUCGCAGCACAAAAAUUAGCAGAAAGACUGAAUAUUAAAAUGUAGAGCUAUGCUCCAGAAGAGGAGACUUGGAGGAAAUACCGAGAAGUAAGGGAUGAAGAUGAUGAUCUGUCCUCCAACGAUGAAUUCUGAAUAUUGUGUUUAGUCACAUAUUAAAAUUUUGCAGUAUGUUGUGUGUUGGUCUGAUACUUUAGUAUAUAGUAGAGCACACUUUUUUCCUAUAAAGCCAAAUGAAAGCAGAGAAGUGCUGCUUCCCUUAUUCUUAUCACCUCUAUCAAAUAGCAUUUAUUACAUCUUUCAGUGAAAAGCAUUUAGUUGUCCCAGGCACCACCUAAAGUGAAUUAGAAAAAUAUAGUUCCCUCCUUGUCUGAGUAAUGAAGGGAGUGUAUUAAGAGAUUUUUGUGCAUGUUUGCAUGGGGUUAUUGAGGUAUUGGAUGUGACUGCUAAGGAAGACACCUAGAAAAUGCUUACAUGUUUGUUUCCUCCUUCUGUCUUCCCCUUAGGAAGAAUGUUAUCUUUCUUUUGAGUAGGAACAGGAGUACUUUUAGUUGAUGCUGGAGGGUGGACAGUCUUUCUAGAUGAUGAGAUUGGCUUGGGGUACUAUGAGGUAUAGAAAAAAUCUAAGAUGACUGAUGUAGGUGAAGGGAGAAGCUGUUCUUAUGCUUCACUUGAGUUCAUUGCUCUAAUAGAUGAUAGGUUUAGUUUGGUAAGAAAACCCAGGUUUGUUUUUUUCAAAGCUACUGUUGAAUUGUCAUCAAUAUAUUGCUUUUUUUUCCCCCAAAAGAGGCAUAUGUAGGCUGCAGAAACUUCAAUUUUGUAUAUAUAAUUGUUUAUGUAAUUUUAAGUGAUCAUAUGAUUGUCUCUAGAGAAAUUAACACUUAUCAAAGAUUUCUUUGUCUAAUAUGUUGGAGCCUUUAAACAGUGUUGAAAGGAAAAAUAAAAUUAUUAGAGCACAAAAAAAAUACCAGCAAGUAUUUUUAC